GUUGAGAAGAAAGAAAUUCUUAUAUUACUUCGUACCUUGUUUCACACUUUGGCUAUGGCUAUGCGUUAUGAACCUGCUAAUGCCAAAUUUUUUGCAUCUGAAAUAUGCCAUACAAGCUUAACGGACACUGUUCGUUUACUUGGAUGUUUUAGCAACAAUACUUCCUUAGAAGAUUGUAGUGAGAAAAUUAGUGUUUUGCCUGAUGACCAUGUCUUUCAUUUAAUAUUUUCCAUGGUAAAGGACACAAAAAUAGCUGUUCAUAGUGUUCCAACACCACUCAUUUCUUCAUGUUUGAUAUUCAGGUUGUUGUACGACACAGCAACAGAUGCUUUUGAUAGACCAAACAUUCCUUCAUCAAUACCACCACAGUCAACUCCAUUAAGACGAAUGUAUUCAGAUUCUGAACAUUCCUCUUCAAACACAGAUUUAUCACAAGUCAGUUCCCCAAACAAACGUUCAGGAUUUAUGAUGAAUUUUGCACCGCCAUCACCUGACCCCAUGAUUGUUCAUCCAGGAGUUGUAGUAUCCAUGCAUCAUUUACUCCCAUCCAUUAGCUGUGAUGCCAAUCCACAAAUGGCACUGACCUUACAAAUAUAUCUAGCUGAAGUUUUGCGAUCUUUAGUAAGAUCUGAAAGGAACCAACAAGUAAUGUGUGAAUCAGGGCUUCCAAGCGAGUUACUCGUCCACUGUCACAUUGCUUUGGAAAAUGAAAAUCAUCUACUUCAUCCUCCAUUACAGUACAUUUUAGAGCGUCUUUCUGCACAAUCAUUACAGCCAAAAGACCUUAGGGAAUUUUUACGAUUGGGCUCCCCAUUGUGUUGUACUCCUUUUGAUGAAGAUGCCAAAGAUCCUCUGAAGACAGGUUCAAAAUGUGUGCGACCCGCAAACCACAGAGAUGGUGGUCCCGUCCCACUCACAAGAGUGAAAACUCUAGUUUCCAUGACUACUCCUCGUGACUGUAGACUUCAUGGAACUUCCAUAAUGCCACCUUUUGUAGAGUUUGACAUGAGUUCUGAAGGAUUUAGUUGCCUUUAUUUACCUAGUGUUGCACCACAAAGUAUAACAACACCUGCUGUUGGCGUUGGAAUGGUAGCAAUGAGCUCUGACACAUCUGUUGUUGGAGGAAUAGGAACUGGCGACCGAGUGUUUCCACCACAAACGGGGCUCUCUUUCUCGACUUGGAUCUGCUCUGAGAAAUUCACUGAUCCCCACACUGAUCCUCAUGCUAUUAGACUCUUAACGUUAGUGAGAACCAUUCAAGGCAAAGAUGAGCAGCUGAUAUGUCUGAGCAUCCAGAUAUCAUCGAGGGACAAAGCCUUGUUAAUAUCUACCACGGAAACUCCUCUGCAUCAGUCAGAAGGUGUAGACUGGGAACCAGAAGAGCGAGAAGAAUGUUGUGUACGUGUAUGGUGUCCUGAAUUAUUACAAGAAGGGCAGUGGCAUCAUCUUGUCAUAGUUUUAAACAGAGCUGUUCUCAAAAACAGUUCUGUGUCUAUAUAUGUUGAUGGUAUGCAUCAUAAUACACAAAAGCUCCAUUACAUCUCCCAGAAUCCUGGUGGUGGUGCUGCCAAUUUAACAGUGGCAACAUCUGUUUUUGGUUAUAUUGGAACUCCUCCUCAAUUUCGUCGGAAGUCGAGGCUGCUAUGGAAGCAAGGUCCAUGCCAUCUAGUAGAGGAAGUCUUUUCUCCAGUUGCUGUUGCCAUGCUAUAUCAACUAGGGCCUUGUUAUACUGGAAGCUUUCAAGCUCCUACUUUAUCAGGUGGGGAUGUGCAUCAACCUCUUGUAGCUGAAGAGAAGAUUGUAUUUGGCAUAAAUGCUGCUGCUGUGUCAAGUAUGACACUGAACAAGAUUCGAAGGGGCUACAGCAAAGCAGAUUGUAAAUCCAUAGCCAAAACGCUUGGUAUGUCUACACAUGAAAGUGCCACUCCUAUUCAAAUUCUUCAUAAUUCUGGAGGACAUCUUAGUGGACCAGCUCGGUGCUUGGGUGGAAUUCUUGUAGGAUAUCUUGGUGCUAGAACAUUUGUUCCUCAUCCUGUGUCCUUGACUAUUGAUAAUGUUGGAGGCACAGCUACCCUUCUUGGUCUUGUGGCAAUGGCAAAAGAUGUUGAAGGUCUAUAUGCUGCUGUUAAAGCUUUAGUAUGUGUUGUCAAAAGUAACAGAGCAGCGCAGCAGGAGAUGGAUAGAAUGAAAAGAUAUCAGACAUUAGCAAUGUUAUUCAAGAAGAAAAGAAGUUUAUUAAAUAGCCAUAUACUUCAUCUAACUUUCUCUUUGGUUGGAACUGUAGACAGUGGAAGAGAAAACACAUCCAUACCAAAUAUCUCAGCUUUUGAAGAUCUAUUAUGCGAUCUUGAAGUUUGGCAAGAUUCACCUGGGGAUCUCCAAAAGUCAUUGUAUGAACAUUUCUGUGAGCUGGUUGCUGAAUCUAGUGAGCAUAAAUCUAAUCUAAAAAUCCUUCGUGAAUUAAAUAUGGUGAAUCGUCUGCUCCAUGUCCUUAAGCAGCUUCAGUUAUCUUCAGCAACUUGCCGCAUUUUGUGCCGACUGCUUUGCAUUUUGUUACAGGAUACAAACAGAAAUGGAGAUAUUAGAUGUUUAGGGCAGUUUAUAGCUGCCACAAUUCCAGUAUCAUCAAUAAAAGAAAAAGAGAUUGAUCUAAAAGGAAAUAUAAAUGAUGCUUUGACUAAUUCUGAAAACAAGGAAUUUGUUGAAGCCAAAAAUAAUCAGAAUAUUUUGUUAAGAAACCACUGCCUUGGUUUAUUCUGCUCUCUGCUUGCAAAAGGAGGAGCUGCUAAUUAUCAAUUCUGUGAAGCACUGAUUAAAUGUUUGGGUUAUGAUUGGGUUCUUCUGUUUCUUCAAGAGCACUUACAUCAGACAACAGUAAUCUGGGGUCUUAAAAUUCUAGCUGUGUUAUUAAGUCAUCAGCAUCUUUUGCAGUUAUUCAGGGAAUCUUCAGUGAAUGGUGGUUGGCUUGCUGAGACAGAUGCUGUACUCAAUAGUAGGAUGGAUAUUGUUCUCGGGUUCAAUGUUAGUGAAUCAAAUCCAAAGUCUUUUGGAAGUACAGAUGUAAGUGAAGAAGCUUGUCAUGUUCCUGGUUUUCAGCAUCUGCAGUUUCUGCUUGUUCAUCAUGUUGAAAUUCCUGAAGCAUAUUAUUUAUUACUUUCCAUUUUACUUGGCCUCUUUCCUUCUGCAUUACCUGCUAAGGCAAAACUUACAAUGGAUGCAGUGUGGUCUUAUUUGUUUGGAGCUCCAUCAGGUCAAACUCCCAACAAUCAGAUUAUACCUAGAGGAGAAAUUUGCCAAGAAGCUGCUGUUGUAGUUUUAGCAAUGAUCAGAUCCAUCAUUCACACAGUUGGAGACCAAAAUGAAAUUGUUCUAGACUAUUCUGUUACUCUCUUACACUUCUUUAUUUCUCUAUAUCACAAUAGAUGUGAUUUUGUAAGUAUCUGUAUGACACAAGAUGUCAUCACAGCUCUAGUUGCAACAUUAUUUCCUCCUAACCCUCCUACAACAGAGCAAGAGAAUAUGGUGAAUUCUCCUUUAGAUGAAUACCAGCCUUAUUCAGCUGACCAUCAGUUUGUAUUUCUGCAAAAGGAUACUUCCAGCUACUAUGAGAGAGAUUCCCUCACAACUCACAGUGCACGUAAAUUUGUGAUGGAUUUUUUACGUGUUAUCGUUGUUGACAGUUUUUCCUUAGCACCUAGUCCUAAACAUGCGCCUGUUAUAGACCUCCUAUUAGAAGCCAUACCUAUUGAUUCAACUCACAAUCAACAAUGUGAAUUCCAAAUGGAUAUUUUAUCACUAGUCAUGGACCAUUUGCUUGCUGCUGAUGUUUUGUUGGGGGAACAGGCUGCCAUGCCUAUUGUUGCUGGUGGUAGCUACAGUAACAUUGUGCCAAAUGUAUUUUAUUUCACUAGCUGCCUUGUUGAUAAACUUUGGCAAGGUGUUUUCGCCAAAGAUUCUCAUAAGGUGCUUGAUUUUAUAAUAAAAUUAAUUGUACAGGCCAAAAGAAAAGGUUCAUCUAUAUCAUAUGACAGUAUAUUUCAUAGUCUUAACAGAACUAUAUUAUAUCAGUUAUCAAGACCAAUGGAAAAUGUAGUUGAUCAGAUGGUUGUUUUAGAAGGUUUGCAGAAGAUUGCUGCCCACAAAAACAUUGUAUUUUCACCUGCAAAUCAUGAACAUGAUUUUUUUGGAUCUUUGUGUUUUUGUUUGUUACAGUUAACAGAAGAUCCUAACCAGUGCACCAAUGCCAAUAACACUCAUACAACCUGGCAUGUCCCUGUAAAUAUUAAAGAACAAUCUGAAAGUAAGCAUCGUACAUCUGCACAGGAAGCAGCUUCAUUGAUUUCUAAUGCAGCCAAUAGAGUGUGGGAAGAAUUGUUCACUUGUCGAAGACAAGUUUUGGAAGACCUUUGCAAAAUUCCAUUCAGUGGUUAUACUGCUGCACAUAAUGCAAAAGUUCCAAGUCUUGAUGUGAUGAGGUCUGCAUUAUAUGAUUCUAUGAGCAAAGUGUGGCAUAACUAUCUAGAAACUGAACGCAAGCAAGGCUACACUAAAGAAACUUGGCAAUUUCAGUCACAAUUUCAAUCAAAACUGCAGAAAGUUACUGGGGGUUUGUCACGUUUAGCAUCCAGAAAAAUAAAAAAAGACCAUGCGUUCCGUGCUCCAAUCAGCAACAUUUCAUACAAGGAUUUGGAAUUAUAUACUUCUUCACAUGUGUCUGUAGUCCGUGAUCUAGUAGAGUUUCAAUCAAAGCAAUAUCAGCAGAGUAAACAGUUUCUGCAGAAGUAUGUUUUUAAUGAAUGGUUGCAAACUGAAGCGGAAUUAACAAGAGAACGAGCAUUAUGGGGUCCACCUGUAGGUUCACGCUUGGACAAAUGGAUUCUCGAUAUGACUGAAGGACCAUGUAGAAUGAGGAAGAAAAUGGUAAAAAAUGAACUUUUCUACAUUCAUUACCCUUACAGGCCGGAAGUUGAAGGAGGGGAAAAUAGGGCUCUAAAAUACAAAGUGGCGACAAGUUUUGAUAGUAAAGAAUAUUACAAAAGGUGGAGACCUGAGAAUAUGGUUGAGCAAGAUACAAUAUCUGUUGAUACUGCAUCACUAGAAACAGUUGACAUCCUUGCAGAUACUGAGAUAUCUGAAGAGAGAGAAAUUGGCUUCCAAGGAUUACGCACUGCAUGCUUAUUAUCAAGGUCUUCUGUCAAUCGUUCUAGUGAUUGGGAUGAUGAUCAAGAUAUUCCAGAUGUAGGUGGAGAUGGAUCAGGUGAUCAUGAUUCUAAAACUACUGAAACUAGUCCAGAAAACCAAAAUAUCUUCAGAUAUCUAGAAGAUGGUGAAAAGAUUAGUCAUACAUUUCGAUGCGCUCGAAUUCAAGGCCUGGAUACUUGUGAAGGUCUACUGUUAUUUGGAAAGGAACAUUUUUAUGUAGUUGACGGUUUUACUUUGCUGAAAACUCGCAAAAUAAGAGAUAUUGAUUCACUGCCUGUAAACAUGCAUGAUCCAAUUAUACCAAAUUCUACACCUGUUAAUAAGCAUCAGAAACGAAUGUGCAGCAAAUUCUCGUAUGAUGAAAUUCGAGAUGUUCAUAAACGUCGAUACUUAUUGCAGCCCAUAGCACUUGAGGUUUUUUCUGCUGAUGGUCGAAACUAUCUUCUUGCUUUCCCCCGGAAAACCAGAAAUAUAGUUUAUGCUAGGUUCUUAGCUACUGCCACUGCUAUAACUGAUAGUGCCCAGGAAUCACUGGCUGGACAAAAGCGUACUGCUAAUGUUGAGUCAAGUGCUAAUUUGUUAAGCAGUCUCAUCGGAGAUACUUCUGUUACACAGCGAUGGGUUCGUGGAGAAAUUAGCAAUUUUCAAUAUUUGAUGCAUUUGAAUACAUUAGCUGGUAGAUCUUAUAAUGAUUUGAUGCAGUAUCCAGUUUUCCCAUGGAUAUUAGCAGACUAUGAUUCAGAGGAACUUGAACUAAAUGACCAUCGCACAUUUCGCGAUUUUACCAAACCAAUGGGUGCUCAAACGCCUGAUAGACUCAACCAGUUUAAGAAGCGUUUUAAAGAGUGGGAUGACCCCCAUGGUGAAACUCCACCUUAUCAUUAUGGUACGUUUUAUUCCUCUGCAAUGAUUGUUGCAUCAUACCUUGUAAGAAUGGAGCCAUUCACUCAACAUUUCUUGCAUUUACAGGGUGGUCAUUUUGAUCUGGCUGAUCGAAUGUUUCAUAGCAUAAAAGAUGCUUGGCUUUCUGCUUCAAAACAUAAUAUGGCUGAUGUGAAGGAGCUCAUACCUGAAUUUUUUUAUUUGCCUGAAUUCCUCUUGAACUCUAAUCAUUUUGAUCUAGGUUCUAAGCAAAAUGGAGUGCCUUUAAAUGAUGUAGUUCUUCCACCUUGGGCGAAGGGUGAUCCGCGAGAGUUCAUUAGAGUGCAUAGACAGGCACUUGAAUGUGAUUAUGUUAGUGCCCAUCUCCAUGAAUGGAUUGAUUUGAUAUUUGGCUACAAACAACAAGGGACUGCUGCCGUUGAAGCUGUCAAUGUCUUUCACCACUUAUUUUAUGAGGGAAAUGUCGACAUAUACAGCAUUGAUGAUCCUCUUAAGAAAAAUGCCACCAUUGGAUUUAUAAAUAAUUUUGGGCAAAUACCUAAACAGCUGUUUAAAAAGCCUCACCCUUCAAAAAAGAUAACAAACCGUACCAGCAUAGUUGACCCUGGGCCUAUAAUGCCUGGAUUAAGUUACAGUUUAGAUAAACUAUUUUUUCAUAAUUUGGAUAAUUUAGAACCAUCAAAGCAUUCUGUUAAAGAUCUCAGAGGACCUGUAGGUCAUAUAGUUCAUCAUGAGAAAUCGCUACUAGCAGUUGAGCAACACAAAAUUUUAGUUCCUCCAAAUUAUACACGAUAUGUUGCCUGGGGCUUUGCUGAUCAUAGCAUUCGUAUUGGGUCAUACGAAACAGACAGAGUUCAUUUUGUAUGGGAGGACACUCCUGCUGGUGAAAUUUUCUGUUGUGCCUCUCCUAAUGAUAAAAUUAUCAUUACAGCUGGAAAAAACACUAUGGUCACUGUUUGGCAUUAUGAUAAGAAAAAAUUAACAAUUAAAAAGAAUUUGUAUGGGCAUACUGAAUCCGUCACAUGUCUUGCUGCGUCCCGUGCGUAUAACUUAAUCGUCAGUGGAUCUCGAGAUAGAACCUGCAUUUUAUGGGAUCUCAGCCGACUUGUUUUUGUGCGACAGUUGCUCGGCCAUCCUGCUCCUGUUGCAGCAGUUGCAAUCAAUGAAGUUACGGGUGACAUAGCAACAUGUGCUGGGACUCACUUGUUUUUAUGGUCUAUCAAUGGUGAUGAAAUCGCCUCUGUGAACACUGCAACAGGUAGAGCGGACAGAAUGCAGACAAUUCUAUGUGUGGCCUUUUCAUAUCUGAACGAAUGGGAUAAUCAAAAUGUUAUUAUGACUGGCUCCAGUGAUGGUGUUGUUCGUAUGUGGUCUGCUGAUUACGUUCAAAUACCAGAGGAUACUUUUCUGCAUUCAGAAGAAAAAGAGAGUGAAGAUUCAUCAAAGCAAAAGGCUCCAGAAAACUUGGCUGAAACUCAACCUCCAGCAGAAAACAAAGCUGCAGAAAUUGUUCGUAGAAUGAGUUUGGCUGGUUCAAAAGACCUCAGCGAACUAAUGCAGCAGAGCACUCUAUGUGCUGAUCGCAAGUCACGUUUCACUAAGAGUGCCUCGGGUAGCUCUUUAUCUGAAGAGGAAAGAGAAGAUGAUGAUGAUGAAAAUGAUCAAUUUAAAGAUAGUGAGAAAGAAGACAAAGCCGAAAGCCCUGUAAAGACUAAUGAAAUUCUAAAAGAUAACCUCAUUCCAACUCAGAUUCAACAUUCCAAAACAGUUGUGGGCUUGCAUAGCAACAGCAGUGAAGUUAGUGUGGAGUCAAGUGACAAACCCAAAACAAAAAAGCUUGUUCAUUCUGAACAUUUUGAAUGUCCACCAGAGCAAUACAGCAGUUUUCAGCGUUGCAGCACUGUGGGACCAGAAGUCACAGUUACAGAAGAAGUGUCUGAAAGCAAUAGUGGUAAAAUGAGACUCAGUAAAUCAGACACUUCUCUAACAGAUUCCUUUGUAAUGGUUUCUGAGAGUGAAGCUUUGGAGAGUGAAAGGAUAUUGGAUGGCUCCAUUAUCCGCAACAAAAAGAAGAAGAAAGUUCUUAAAGAUGGUUUUAAGUGGCAUUGCCAACUGGUAUUUCGUAGUAAACUGACAAUGCACACAGCGUUCGACAGAAAAGACAAUACAGAGCCUGCUGCUGUAACCGCCUUGGCCGUAUCAAGGGAUCAUAAGACAGUUUAUGUAGGAGAUGACCGGGGUAGAGUAUUUAGUUGGAGUGUGACGGACAAACCUGGAAGAGGAAUUGCUGACCACUGGGUCAGAGAUGAGGGUGGGGAUAGCUGUACUGCCUGUGGUGUCAGAUUUUCUUUCUCGGAGAGAAGGCAUCAUUGUCGAAAUUGUGGACAGCUCUUCUGCUCAAGAUGCAGUCGUUUUGAAUCAGAAAUCAGCAGGCUUCGCAUACUGAAACCUGUCCGUGUAUGUCAGGGUUGUUAUAAUAUGUUGAAAUCUCAACAGGAUGGCUCACCAGCAUCUUAGU